UUGACCUUUCAUUUUUGUUCCAUUCUUAGUGUGUGCCAUACCUAAUUGCAAUGGGCACAGACCCGGAGCCGUCCAUGCGGAACAAAUCGGAUCAGCAGCUGAUAGAGAUUGACAAGAAAUACACUGGAUUCAUUCACAUGAAAGCGGUGGCUGGCAUAAAGAUGUCAUACCAGGUCCAGCAAGCAAUCAUUUCUGAUGCAAAGCGCAUAGUGCGUGGGUUCCGGCAGGAUGAGUCCAACAGUGCCCUGUGCUCCCAUCUCUAUUCAAUGAUUCGGGGGAACCGACAGCACAGACGGGCUUUCCUGAUCUCAUUGCUCAACCUCUUUGAUGAUGCUGCGGUAUGCAAAACAACCUUUACUCUUAAAUUGGAUUGGGAGGGUAAACCACCCUUUCCCCAUGUUGAUGAGGACAAGAGCUUCAUCACCACAUCCGGCCCCAAGAAGAUGUGGGAGGUCUACUGGAAUAGUGUGGGGGCAGCAGAAUAG